AUGUUGCGAUUCGUUGUACUGAGUAUUCUUAUUGCCGGAUGCUUCGGCUCCGAAGGUGAGCAGAAGGUCAACCCUCCAUUUCCGGAUUCCCGUAUCGUCGGAGGAGUCCUCGCUGACAUAACUCAGCAUCCCUAUCAACUGAGUCUGCAAACUACCGGACACAUUUGUGGUGCCUCGGUCAUCAGCGCCCAAUGGGCCAUCACUGCAGCUCAUUGCGUCGGAUUACCUGCAAAUCGAUACACACUGCGAGCUGGUAGCAGCAACAAAGAUUGGGGUACUCCUUAUGGCGUUAAGGAGAUCGUGGUACAUUCUAACUAUAGCUCAACUACUACCGACUAUGACGUCGCUCUUCUGAAGAUCAAUGGUACAUUCAAAUUCUCCAGAGUAAUACAGCCUGUGUCCAUGGCGGGAGUGGCUCCUAAAGCUGGUGUUUUGGUGAAUGUGACCGGCUGGGGUGCGGUCAGGGAAGGUGGACAAACAUCGUCUAGACUCAUGAGAAUAACGGUCCCCAUAGUAAAUACAACAACGUGCGAGAAGGCUUACAGGUUCUUGAACCCCAUAACUCCCCGUAUGCUGUGCGCUGGCUACACUGAAGGUGGAAAGGAUUCGUGUCAAGGUGACUCUGGAGGUCCUUUAGCAGCCAAUGGAGUCCUUUACGGUAUCGUGUCCUGGGGCUACGGAUGCGCCAAACCACAGUACCCAGGUGUUUACACGAACGUGGCUAAUGUACGAUUUUGGAUCAAGAGAGUGACCGGACUGUAACGAACUGAUGUCGACAAUGUCGUUGUGGAAAGAUUAUCGAAGUGUAACGCACGAUAGUGUGUAUCAGAGUACAAAU